CUCCACCAGCCGCUUCACCAGCCGCUUCACCUGCGCUCACUCAGCUGCCCGUCCGCCGCUCCGAUCCAAGAGGAGAUAAACAAAUACAGUCCAAACAGUGGAAUAUGAUCCAAGCCACCUGGAGGCAGAGAGCCGGGACGACAUAAACGCAUAUGCUUCAGGACAAAGAGGCUACUCUGUCUUGCAAUGAUGCAUCUCAUCGGGGUGGUCUUGAUUCUUUUCGUGACAGGCAUGGCAAGAGGCUGGGAAUGCAGCGCAGGGUGCAGUACAGAAAAUGGGUUUUGUGAGAAGCCGGGGAAGUGCAGGUGCAAACCAGGGUGGCAAGGAGAGAACUGUGACCGAUGUGUGCCCUUUCCCGGCUGUCUGCACGGCGCAUGUGAGAAAGCAUGGCAGUGCAUCUGCAAGGAGGGCUGGGUGGGCAGCCUGUGUGACCAAGAUACUCGCCUGUGCUCAUCCAAGCCUUGUGCCAUCAAUGCCACAUGCAUAGAGACGGGAGAGGGAGGAUAUCUGUGCGUCUGUCCCCAAGGCUAUGCUGGAAAAAGCUGCCACUUGAAGAGGGGAUGGUGCCAUAUUACUGGCUCCCCUUGUCAGAACGGAGGUACGUGCAUGGAUGCCGGAGAUUCGGGAGCCAGCCCUUCAUGUUUCUGUCCCCCUGGGUUUUUCGGAGACCACUGUGAGGUCAGCGUUGACAGCUGCCAGCCUAACCCCUGCCUCAACGGUGGCAACUGUACAAACCACGGGCUCGCCUUCACGUGCGUCUGUCCGCACGACUUCACUGGUUUCACUUGUAACAACACCAGCAGCCUCUCCCCCUGCGCUGGCCGGCCGUGUGCCAACGAUGGGACGUGCGUGGGUCAACCGGACGGAACCUUCCAGUGCAUUUGCCAGAAGUGGUUCAGCGGUCCCACGUGUGCCCUGCAACAGAGACCAAAGAUCAGAUCCAAGCCUGUCCGCCCCAGGCCAGUGGAGCACAGAGUGUUUGCUCUGAGUCCGCAGCACUACUCUCUGCCGGCUCACACCUUUCACAAGCUGCUGAAACCACCUGAGAGAGACCUGCUCAAGAUCACUCUGAAAGAGACCGUCCACUCAUCCGGCAUCCUUGUCACCCACGGCCAGCUGGUCUGCUUCGGCAUGCUGGCCUUGCUCACCUGCUUGGUCAUCUUGGGAACGACAGGAAUCGUGUUCUUUGGCCGCUGCGAGACUUGGCUGGCCAACGCAAAAUACAGCCAGCUUGUUCGGCAGCAACGGGAGCAUCUGCUGAAAGAAAUGAGCAGCACGAGCCAGGACGAGCCAGAGCACUCGGUAAACAUCAUCGUGCCAGAGAAGAUUAGACUCUCCAGCUUUGGGAGACAAUACACCUCCAUCUGAGCUGAAAAUCUGAAAAUGCCGGCCCAUAUUCCCUGCUGUCUGUGAAAGGAGUCCAAAUGAAUGUCUCAAAGUACCAAUGAGUGAAAUACUAUCACUGUUGUUUAUAUAAUGGAAGACUAUGAAUGUGGGUGUGGAGAAAAAAAAACAAAGCAUUAAAAAUGUAUUGAUGUUUAAAAGAUGUAAUUGUCUGGCAUUUCUUGAACCUAUUUUUGAAUUCAAAUGGGGGAAGAAAAAAAGUUUAUUUGAGACACAAUUGUGGACAUUUGAAUUCUAAAAAAUACUUAUUUUCUUAUCUAUUGUCUACUUAUGAUUUUAAAAAAGUCAUCUACUUUUAAACCAUCUGCUUAUAUUGUGUAUAUAAUCACCUCGAGCUACAAUGAUGUUCAGUUCAAAGUUUUUAUCAUUUGAUAUCUAUGGGUCUAUGGGAGACUGUCGAUCCAAGUCAUGUUUCUGGGCAAGCUAUCUUUGCGACUUAAAAGAUUACUAGAUCAAAAUAUCUGGGGCCCUGUGGCUAACUGGUGGCGUUUCAUUUUAGUCUGGCAGCUGUGAGGCGCAGCCUUCCCUUGACCCCAAACAGGAUGCAGGAGGUUUUUAAAAUAAAUUAUAAUAAUUAGUGUUAACCCAAACCCUCUUCAUGCCAUUUCCUAAUAAUGCAGAAAUGUGUGUCAUAGAUCUGCUUCUUUGUUAAUGUCUUUCUUUCGUGUUUUUUUUUUUCUUCU